GACACCUCGGAUCGGGUCUUUAUAAAUAGACACUCGUCUCAGUUCGCUCGCGAGCGAAAUGUGGCCAUUGCAGCUACACUGGCCGAAAUGAAAGGAAAAUCUGCAAACUUCUACACGAUUUCACGCUUUAAGUUCAAGUCCAGUUCAAGUUUUAAAUUGAAUUUGCAGUGGUUUUUAGUACCCUCUGCAAGCAAGGGCAAGGACCAUCCUUCAAACGUCAAUGCAAUAUUUCUGUGCGGGGGCGGCCCGCCUGGGAAAGGUCGGGAAAAACACAAAAAGCCAUUAAGUGGCAACCAAAAUACAUUCCAGGCCCAGCUGGAGGUCCUGUCGCAUUCUGAAAGCAACAAGUCUCACAUUGCGUAGCCGAGAUGUUGACCAAGGCCCAAGCUGCGGCUCCGUUCAUUUAUAUUCCGAGUGUUAAGCGCGUCGGUUUGUUAAGUGGUUCCAUCUUAAAAGUACAGGACACCCUUCUUCGCCAUGAAAACUUUUAUUAAAAUUUCACUGAGACUAGUGGCGCUUUUGACAUGUUUGAUCUCCUGUCAGGCUUCACUGGAAAGGGAAAACAACGAAGUCAAUAAUAUGGCAAAUCACAAACUAAGUGGCGUUAUACAAUGGAAGUAUGAAAAGAGACCAUUUUGCAAUGCCUUUACAGGAUGUGGACGCAAGCGUACCUACCCCUCGUAUCCGCCAUUUUCGAUAUUCAAACGCAAUGAAGUCGAGGACAAGCCCUAUAACAAUGAAUAUUUGUCUGAGGGUCUGAGUGAUCUGAUCGAUAUUAAUGCCGAACCCGCCGUGGAGAAUGUACAAAAGCAAAUCAUGUCGCAGGCCAAAAUCUUCGAGGCCAUCAAGGAGGCCAGCAAGGAAAUCUUUCGGCAAAAGAACAAACAGAAAAUGCUGCAGAACGAGAAGGAGAUGAAGGAACUGGAGGAGCGUGAGAGCAAAUAAAUCGGAUAAUUCGGAACGAUCGGAUGACUGGAAUGGAAAUUGACUGGAUAGUUACCACACUGGUUUUGUUAUUGUACAUAUAUCUUUACCUAUGUCUCUUUGAACUGCGAAAGAUUCUACAGCACUGGCAUGCAUUCAAUAAAAAUUGUUGACCUGA